AUGGUUCCCGUGGACGCCUCGCCGCGCGGCCCCCUCAGAAGACCGUCUUCUCCCCCCGGUGCUUCCUGCGCCCCUCAUAAAGAACGCUCAGCAGAGUUAACACAACUGUAUGCCACUUGCCCUGCGUAUCUCUGGAUGGAUACCGGAGCCGCCUCCCCAUCUCCCUCGGUGCUGGUGGGUCCUUCCUCCUCACCGUGGCGCCUGACUGACAGGAGAAACAGAAAGGCGGGCUCGGCCAACAUUUUCAGCAGCGUGAAUCUCUGGCAGCUCCAGAGACUGUUCAGCGCAGCCGGAGACCAGGAUGCCGAGCAGAGGGCCCAGCUGAUUUGGAGCCACAGAGGCGAGGCGGAGCUGGCUCAGGCCUUAAUUGGACUGAGAGCUCGGAGUCAGCGAAGAGGGCUGAGAACUAACGGGAGAGAUGCUCUGGGCUCUCAAUGGCUGCGAGCCUUCAAUCACCUCAGAAUUGGAGAGAGCUCACUGACCAGACAUGGAAAGGAUGCCGAGGAGAGUGAUUACAAAUCAGAGCCUCGGGGAAGUCAAGAACCCCACAGACACAACUCAGUGAGAGCACCAGCACAAGAAAACGGGGCCAAAUUAGCACUAACUGAGAACCAAGGCACUAAAGGAGCCUCUGAGAGGCCAGCCAAGUCCAGCUCAGGACUGAGGAGAGGAGGAGAUCCAGAGAGAUACCUCCACCGUAUACUGCACUGAAGAGACAAACCUCCUGGGGACAGAGACACUCAUUGUCCUCUAGCUUAUAUUGAAAAUAUAUUAGGAUAUUCUCUAAUAUUGUUUCAUCUGGUGACACUUUUACAUCGCAUUGAUGAUGCUUGGAAACAGCAUAUCGUGAAAGUAACAACGCAUAUUGAUGAUAAAUUAUUUGGGAUGAAAUUUAGACCAAUGUUGGCAAAGUUACUUAGAAAAGGA